CCCUUCGGGCCGCGCUCUCUGCACUGCGCAUGUCAGGUUUGUGUUCCCCUCCCCCCGCCAGCAACGGGUCGAGAGGCGGCGGCGGCUGCAGCGGCGGAGGUGCAAGGGGCGGAGACGGAGGAGCGCGGCGGGACGCGGCCUGGACCGCGCGUACUUCGGGCCGUAGGAUUCUCUCCGCGUCUAAGGUGGUAGCAGCUGCCUCUACAGCAGCAGGUUUGUGCGAGAUCAUUCACUGACACCAUGAACUGGAAUAAAGGUGGCCCUGGCACCAAGAGGGGAUUUGGCUUUGGAGGUUUUGCCAUUAGUGCUGGAAAGAAGGAGGAACCCAAACUCCCACAACAGUCUCACAGUGCCUUCGGGGCAACCAGCUCUUCUUCUGGAUUUGGAAAGUCGGGUCCACCACAGCUCCCUUCUUUCUACAAAAUUGGAUCUAAACGGGCCAAUUUUGAUGAAGAAAAUGCAUAUUUUGAAGAUGAAGAAGAAGACUCUAGCAAUGUUGACUUACCUUAUAUUCCUGCUGAAAACUCACCUACCCGCCAGCAAUUUCAUUCCAAGACAGCAGAUUCUGAUAGUGACGACGAUCCCCUGGAGGCCUUUAUGGCUGAAGUCGAGGACCAGGCGGCUAGAGACAUGAAGAGGCUUGAAGACAAGGAUAAGGAAAGAAAAAACGUAAAGGGUAUUCGAGAUGACAUUGAAGAGGAAGAUGACCAAGAAGCUUAUUUUCGGUACAUGGCAGAGAACCCAACUGCUGGUGUGGUUCAAGAGGAGGAGGAAGAUAAUUUGGAAUAUGAUAGUGACGGAAAUCCAAUCGCACCUUCCAAAAAAAUCAUCGACCCUCUUCCUCCCAUUGAUCACUCAGAGGUCUCUGGUGCUGCACCUCCUAGACCAGGAAGUAGUUUUGCUCAUUUUGGAUUUGAUGAACAACUUAUGCACCAGAUUCGGAAAUCUGAGUACACACAGCCCACUCCAAUACAGUGCCAGGGUGUGCCUGUGGCAUUAAGCGGUAGAGACAUGAUUGGUAUUGCCAAAACAGGCAGUGGAAAAACUGCAGCCUUUAUCUGGCCCAUGUUGAUUCAUAUAAUGGACCAGAAGGAAUUGGAACCAGGUGAUGGACCAAUUGCCGUGAUUGUGUGUCCUACUAGGGAGCUUUGCCAGCAGAUCCAUGCAGAAUGUAAGCGGUUUGGGAAAGCAUAUAAUCUGCGAUCAGUGGCUGUGUAUGGUGGAGGGAGCAUGUGGGAGCAGGCCAAGGCCCUUCAGGAAGGGGCAGAGAUUGUUGUGUGCACCCCAGGUCGACUGAUUGAUCAUGUGAAGAAGAAAGCUACCAAUCUUCAAAGAGUCUCUUACCUUGUGUUUGAUGAAGCAGAUCGCAUGUUUGACAUGGGAUUUGAGUACCAGGUGCGAUCCAUAGCCAGUCAUGUCCGUCCUGACAGACAGACUCUCUUAUUCAGUGCAACUUUUCGGAAAAAGAUUGAAAAACUGGCCAGAGAUAUCCUGAUCGACCCUAUUCGAGUGGUGCAGGGAGAUAUUGGAGAGGCAAAUGAAGACGUGACACAGAUUGUGGAGAUUCUCCAUUCUGGGCCUAGUAAAUGGAACUGGCUUACCCGGCGUCUGGUAGAGUUUACUUCUUCAGGGAGUGUCCUCCUGUUUGUUACUAAAAAAGCCAAUGCAGAAGAGCUGGCCAAUAACCUCAAGCAAGAAGAUCAUAAUCUUGGGCUGCUUCAUGGGGACAUGGAUCAGAGUGAAAGAAACAAGGUCAUUUCAGACUUCAAGAAAAAGGAUAUCCCAGUCCUGGUGGCCACAGAUGUUGCAGCUCGUGGUCUGGACAUUCCUUCAAUUAAGACUGUCAUUAACUAUGAUGUGGCACGAGACAUUGAUACCCAUACUCAUAGGAUUGGCCGCACAGGACGAGCGGGCGAGAAGGGCGUGGCUUAUACCUUGCUGACCCCCAAGGACAGCAAUUUUGCUGGUGACCUUGUCCGGAAUUUGGAAGGAGCCAAUCAGCAUGUUUCCAAGGAACUCCUAGAUUUGGCAAUGCAGAAUGCCUGGUUUCGGAAAUCCCGCUUCAAAGGAGGGAAAGGCAAAAAGCUGAACAUUGGUGGAGGAGGCCUAGGCUACAGGGAGCGGCCUGGCCUCGGCUCUGAGAACACGGAGCGAGGAAAUAACAACAAUGUAAUGAGCAACUAUGAGGCCUACAAGCCCUCCACAGGAGCCAUGGGAGAUCGGCUGACAGCAAUGAAAGCGGCUUUCCAGUCACAGUACAAGAGUCACUUUGUCGCGGCCAGCUUAACCAACCAGAAGGCCGGAAGCUCUGCUGCUGGGGCAAGUGGAUGGACAAGUGCAGGGAGCUUGAAUUCUGUUCCAACUGCUUCAGCCCAGCAGGGCCAAAACAGUCCUGACAGCCCCGUUGCCAGUGCCACCAAGGGCAUCCCAGGCUUUGGCAAUACUGGGAACCUCAGCAGUGCCCCAGUGACCUAUCCUACUGCCGGACCCCAGGGAGUCAACAACACAGCUUCAGGGAGUAACAGCCGAGAAGGGAUUGGGGGUGGCAAUGGGAAAAGAGAGAGAUACACUGAGAUUCGGGGUGGCAGCCGUCAUAGUCACGGAGAGAGUGGCGGUGGGAAUCGGCAUGGUGACAGCCCGCGUCAUGGAGAUGGUGGUCGCCACGGAGAAGGGUACCGAUACCCAGAAAGCAGCGGGCGGCACGCAGACGGUCAUCGCCAUGGGGAGAACAGGCAUGGAGGAGGUGGAGGUCGACACGGGGAGAACCGAGGUACGAAUGAUGGUCGGAAUGGUGAAAGCAGGAAAGAAGGUUGUAACCGUGAGAGCAGAAUGGACCCAAAGGUGGACAGCAGCAAGGUGGACAAGAUGGACAGCAAGACAGAUAAGACAGCCGAUGGCUUCGCCGUCCCCGAGCCACCCAAGCGCAAGAAAAGUCGAUGGGACAGUUAGAUGGUAUGUGAAGUGUGAAAUCGUCUUUAAUUUUGAGAAAGAUUUUUGAUAACUAAGUGUCUCAGGGCUGGGUUGGGGCCCAAGGUGUAAGGACCCCCUGCCCUUAGUGGAUAGCUGGAGCUUGGAGACAUUACCCCUUCGUCAGAAUCGGGUUUUUUUUUUUUGUUUUUUUUUGGAUGCUUUCUUGGGAAGCUGCUUUGGUCCUCAGAAGCAGUGAGCUGGGAAGUUUCUUUUGGCUCUGGGUGAGUUGUGAGGGUCAGGUGAGAAUACCUUGGAAUAAAGGGCCUUAAAGGGUACAAAACGUACUUUAGGUUUGUAUUAUAUUGCAGUGUAUAUUUUUUACUAAAAUGUCACCUUAUAAACAUCUACAAGUAAAGUUUUUUUUCUUAGCUAUGUGGCCACACAUCCCCUUUAGGAGUGGCUUCUGCAAACCCAAUCCGUUGCUUGUUAGGGAUAUUUGGGAAGCACUUGGGCGCUUCCAGACCUUUGCAGGAAAGGGAGGUGCCUGAUUCCAAGUGGGAGUCAAAGCUCAGGUUCCCCAUCCAGGUCUGUAUCCAGCCCUGAGACCCAAAGCAGCAGCCUGCCUGACCCAGAGCCGCUACCAUUUGAAGGGGAAAGGAUGGCCCUAAAACCAGGAUCGCUCCAGGUCUGAAAUGUUUGCUAAAUUUAAAAAACAAACCCAACAGCUUUUAACUGUCUUCUAUUCUCCUGUUUUGUUGUAUUUUUUUUUAACUUGCCACAUGGUAGAAGAAUCUUUUGCUGAAAUGAUUUUGAUGAUUUUUUUUUCAAUCUUGUUUAUAAAAGAAAUAUACUUCGAAUUUUGUGACUUUGUGAAGUUUUCUUUAAGAUGUGCAUUCCUUUCUGCUUGCUCUAGUAAAUGUUUUACUACUGGGA